AUGGCGAGCAAACGUCUGGAGACACUCUGCAAGUCUUUGACUCGAGAAGUCGGACGUCUUUCUUCACGCACUGGGAGAGACGAUUAUGUUGCCCGGAACAAGGUCGCGGACAUCGCCAGAGAGCUCAUCAAUGAGACGACUCACCCCAGUGACGUCGCUGUACAGUACACAAUCAAUAUGGCAGAAAUGGCAUGUCUACGUAUGUUCCAGAAAUGGAAGCUCUUGGAUAAGAUCCCCACCAGUGGUAGCAUCUCGUAUGAAGAGCUCUCCGCCAGCAUCAACGCUGAUAAAGAUCUUAUUGCCCGCAUGGGUCAAAUGCUCGUCGCGACAGGCAAACUUCGACAGCCCUCCCCGUCACACGUAGCGCACACUCGCCUGAGCACAGCCUUCGCGCAUCGCUCGCCUCCAGCUGUAUGGUUCUCGAUGAGCUUCGAUGAGACUCUCGUCCCAUGGACCCAAUGGCCGCGCUACUUUGCCAAAUACGGCCGACGGCAACCCAGCGGCCAAACGGCCGUGCCUAUGACUUUUGCAGAAGGGGUUGACGGUGAAUUGACGUGCUACGAGGUCAUUGCGCGCGGUGGACCUGAGCGGAUGGCGGACUUUGCGGACGGGAUGCAGGGGAUCCCAGAACUGAUGCCAGCUGCUGGGAUAUAUGACUUUACGUGGGUUGGGGAAGCAGUGGCUGAAGGCGAAGUCGAAUCGGAUAUGCCGCUCAUUGUAGACGUGGGGGGAAAUCUUGGUCAAGCGCUGCUGGAGAUCAUCGCGCACACUGAGUUGUCGAUUCCGCCUGAUAGAUGUGUUUUGCAGGAUAGGGCGGAUGUCAUAGCUGCUGCAGACGCGUUGGACAAUCCGGUGUUGAAGAAGAUACGUAAAAUGCCCGUUGAUUACCACCAGGGGCAGCCUCUCAAAGGGGCUUUGAUAUACUAUGUUCGCCGGUGUCUCCAUGGAUUCACCGAUGAGGUUUCCAUCAACUUGCUUAGACACUUGGCCGCUGCUCUACCAGCUGACCCGCGCGCAAGAGUUCUCAUCUGCGAGCAAAUCACAACGACGCCGCCAGAUCCGUACACGACUAUGAUGGAUAUCUGUAUGAUGAAUGUCGGCUCCAAAGAGCGGAGUGAGGAUGACUUUACGAACUUAGUGACUGCUGCUGGCAUGAAAGUGAUCAAGUUUCAUCGAGGAGAGGGAGUUGCAACGCACGUCAUUGAAUGUGCAAGAGCUUAG